AUGGUUUCCAACAAGCUAAUUGCCGCUGCGUUAGCAAACUUGGCCUUGUUAGCUUCUGUUAAUGCAGGCCCGUGUAAGCCCCAGAGCAUCACAACCUCUGCCACUGGCGCUGGCUCUACAAUCGUCGUUUCCGAUACUACCACUGCUCUUUCCACUACCAUCGAGACCAGUACUGCGGUCACCGAGACAGAGACGACAACCGCGACUGAUACAACUACCACGUUGACUGAGGAUGCUACAUCCACGAGCGCACUCGUGAGCGAGACAUCUACGACCAUCGCCGUCAGCGAGAGUACGACAGUCGUUAGUAGCAGCGACACUACCAUAGUCACUAGCAGUGAGGCUACUACAGCACCAACCACCACUGAAGGCACAACGACCGUGGCCGAGAGCGCUACAACCACCACUACCGCCGAAGCAGAGCAAACCGAGCUCCUCAUCAACGGCAACUUCGAUCUUGGAACAGUAAACCCCUGGCUCUCAGCCAACGACCCUAUUCAACUCGGCUCCUCCUCGCCCUACGAAGGUCCAGCUUACGCCCGCCUCCAAUUUGCAAUCGAUGACGGCGAGUCGUACAAUAACUACGUGUAUCAAAAGAUCGACAAGUCACUUCUCAAAGCAGGAACCUAUCGUCUCGCCGCUCAGCUCCGCGUCGACGGUGCGAGCGAUAAUAUGUACGACGAUGGAUGUAAUGCAAUGGCUGUCGUCUGUUACUAUGGAGAUCCAAGUAGCGUUGUUCCCGUCCAAGGAGGCGCGAACACAGUCAGCGCCAAUGCUGCCGUGCAACAAUGGACACCUUUGAGUACUACUUGUUCACUGAGACAGGAUAAGUUGGACCAGUAUGGCUAUCUUAGUGUUGCUAUUGGAUUCAGCUGCGCCAAUGCUGAGGGCGACGUUGAUGCGGUGACAUUUGAGGAAGUUGUUUAG